AUGCAUGUUUGGUCCUUUGAAAUAGGUCUUUUGGAGCAUUUGGAGCAUAUGGGACGUGAGGAGCAUGGAGGACUUGGGCAUGGACGCAGCUCAACUGGAUACGCAAAGGAAGAAGGAGGAAGCCAUCUUGAAGACCAGCUCGACCAUCUACUCGACCAACCGGUCGAGUUCCUCAACUCGACCGGCCAAGCUUCAACUCGAUCGAGCUGGAAGUCAAAGUCAAACCCGAAAAAUGUUGCUUCCCCCUUGACUUUCCUUUGA